CAGUUUGCCAGAUAGCUCUGGCCGAAAUGGUCUACAGUUUUUUUUUCACUUAUUCAGACUCUUCUUCACCGAGCACGUGAUUUUUUGAGAAGAUUAUUUACAUCGAUAAGAACCAUUUGUUGAUCAUCUACGUACAUAUAAAAAAUUAGAAAACUGGAGAAAUCAGUCUGACAAUGGGACUUCUUGGAAUUUUGUUCGUUCUUUUGAUGACUGGUUUCUUCACUGACGGUGCGAACAUUCUGGCGAUAUUUCCGUAUCAGGGAAAAAGCCACAACAUAAUGUUCGAACCCCUAAUGAUCGGGUUGGCAAAAGCCGGCCACUCAGUGGAUGUUGUGAGUCACUUUCCGUUGGAAAACCCAGUGACAGGGUUUAACCACACAAGCCUGAAAGGGACGCUUCGUUCUUUCGUAAACAAAGUACCCGUGGAAAUAACGCUGAAGAAUAAAGGAACCUUUCGCCUAAUCCAUUUUGGUUCUGCAGAAGAACCCGAAAGUCUCUGCGGCCUAAUGAAGCUGCCUCAGCUGCAGGAUAUUAUCAAUACUGACAAAAAGUAUGACCUAAUGAUCACCGAGAUUAUGGGAACGAAUUGCUACCUCGCCGUAGCUCAUAAGUUAAAGCUUCCGGUCGUCGGCCUUGUUACCAACGUCAUGUACUCAUGGGCUUAUCCGCCGGUCUUCGGUGACACUCAUCCGAGCUUCAUUCCCUCUCAAUUAACGGAGUUCACGAACGAGAUGAAUUUCGUCGAACGAGUGCAGAAUCUUAUAAUCCACUUAUACUCACAGUAUCUGUUCUCUUACUAUGACCAAACCGUGUCUGAUCCACUUGCAAGGAAGUACGUCGAGGGUGUUCCGCCCCUCAAUGACAUCUACAAUAACAUCAGUCUGGUGAUAUGCAACAGCCAUUUUAGUAUCCAUGGUGCCCGACCGGGGAAUCCCGCCGUCGUUGAAGCGGCAGGUAUUCAUAUAGAUGAGAGCCAAACACUGUCUGAGGAACUGGAUUCUUUUCUCAAUUCCUCGAAAGAUGGGGUCGUUUACUUCAGCAUGGGUACAAUGGUCAGAUCAGACACAUUCUCGCCCGAGAAGAUACAUGCGAUCUACGAAACUUUCUCUGAACUUUCGAAUUACAAGGUACUUUGGAAGGGUAACUUGGAUAGCUUACCAGAGCCAUUGCCGUACAACGUUAAGGUAGUUUCGUGGGCACCGCAGUACGCUGUUCUCAGGCAUCCAAAAGUCAAAGCGUUCGUGACGCAUGGAGGUUUGAUGGGAACUCAGGAGGCGAUACACGCCGGAGUUCCAAUGAUUGGGAUCCCGUUCUUUUCAGAUCAGAAAUUUAAUGUAAAGGGAUACGCGCACAGGGGUUUCGCGAUUUAUCUUGACUACCUGAAAAUCAGCAAGGAGAGUUUUUCGAAGGCGCUUGCCGAAGUACUAACGAACCCCAAGUACCAAUCGAACGCUGCACGAUUUUCAAGACUGUUCAAAGAUCGGCCACUUUCGCCAUUGGACGAAGCCAUCUUCUGGAUCGAAUACGUAAUUCGGAAUGGAGGUGAAUCGCUCAAAUCUUCAGGCCGUCAUCUCUAUUGGUUCCAGUACUACUUAAUAGACGUUAUUUUAUUCCUACUCGCUGUAACCUCGCUCAUCAUCGCAGUCCUGUUCACCUUUGUCAGAAGAACUUUACGGAUCAUUACUGGUACACAGAUAUUUUCCAAUCCAAUGAAACAAAAGACUUCAUAAUAGACAUAUACAUUAUAUAUCAUGUACUCACAAACAAUUUUGUAAAUAUGCCAAGUGUCGAUAUAUUUUUUAAGUAACAGAAUAAAAGACUUUUAAUUUUUAACCUAAA